AUGUCAUUUGCAGAUCUCAAAGUCGGCGGACUGUAUGUCAUUCUCCAAGCCCGUCAGGAACCACCGGAGCCCAACGAGUUCUACUGGGGUCUGUAUCUCCACUCAGAUUCCAUUGGAGGGAUGGCAUACCACGUCGUGGACACAGGGUCUGGUCUGAGGCCUGAGCAUGAGUACACUGGUCGAAUCUUCGACACUCCGCUUCUGACGGGCCUAUUCCGAAUUGCCGAUAUCACUCGUCCCUUGCACCCGUUUGUCGACAGGGUAAUAAGGUUCCUACGACAGCAGCCUCAACUGUCCCGGAAGAAGCAGCAACAGCAAGUUCUGGGUUUUGAAUGUCCUUGCACUAUUGAUCCAGCCUACGUCCACGGGAUGGCUUCCAGUGAAUUGUCAUAA